UUUCAAAUGUCACUGUGGAUAGUCUUAUUGGGCAUAGUAGAGUAAACUUUAACGGUUGUCUUGUGUGAUCUUUACUCGGACCAAAGUGUAUAUGUGUGUGACUCAUAGGUUUGGGAUUUAGAAAUCGCAGUUGGGAAUGAGUUGAUACCUUUUUGAUACGUGUUAUGAUAUAAGGUUAAUCAUCUGUCAAAACAAAGCACCAACAAGAAAUGUGUAAUGGUAGGAAUAAAAAUAUUUGUUUCCAACAAAAAUGUUUGCCAAUUUCUAUAAAUAUCGCGACAAACUUAGCCUAGUGUCGUAUUAGAUUUUUAAUUAGGUUAGGGCUGUCUGUUUUGGAUAUUUUUGUCAAAGCAGAAUAGCUUAAUCUGCAGACAGCGCCAAGAAAGAGUUUUACGUGACCUGCAGAAGGAAUCAGUCUAAACAUUUAAAAGAAUAUGGUCAUCAUGGAAAACUACAUACCACCUCAAGACAGACUCGAUGAGCUGUGGUUGGAACUAGAACGGUGCCAUUUGAGUUAUUUGGAGCUUGAAGAGAGCCCCGAAAAAAUAGAGCAAAGAAACAAACUUGAAGAAAUUAUCUAUGAAUUCCUAUGCAUUGCUCCACACCGUCACAAAUUUUGUUAUGCUGAAACAGAAGAAGUCUUACAGAUGUCUGCAAGCCGAAAGAAAGACUUUAGUGCUUAUAAAGCUUCUACAGGGUUUGCAGCAAUCCAGUUGUAUGCUGGGAACUUGUUGUCACAGCCAUGGAGGAAAGAAUAUCGAACAAUAAAGACUUACUGUGGCUUUUAUAAACAUCAAGUAGAAGCAAAUCUUGUAGGAGCUGAGCUGUUGUUUGAAGCAAUGGGAUACAAACGUGAGAGAGAUGGAAUUCUAGUACUUCAUGGUCCUAUUUGCCCAGAUAGAGUUUCAUCUGUGUCUAGGGACUGUUUAAUAGCAUAUGUGGAAUGCCAGGUGGGAAAACAUUUAAUAUUAAAAAUAAUUUGGGAAGAGCUGUCAUCAGCCUGUAUGAACACAACAUGGCUGGAAGUUCUAGAGUUUCGUCGCGGACAUAUUUGCAGUCCUGAGCAAGUUGUGAAGAGUUUCAAAUAUAAACAGCACCAACCCGAACAGUAUCACGAACAUAGCAGACAUUAUUCCCAGGGCUCAAAUAUGGUAAGGCAUACAUUACCAGCUAUGCCUUCCGCAAUGUCACCAGUAUUGCCCGUGAAUCAUUCAUUCCCACCUCUGGGAAAUAAUCAUAGUGUUGGACUACCAGAUGCAAUGUAUUCUAAUGGAUGUUGUACAAACAGGUGCCCAUCAUGUACCCCGUUCACCUGCGUCUCAGCUGCCGCGGUACCUCCAACAUCGGCAUACGCCCUAUACCAACCAGUGCUGCGGCCCCCGUUCGCACCCGCCCCCGCUUACUACUUCAACGGCUACAUGGCCACCCCCGUCGCUGCCCCGCCACCCCCGAUGACUGCCCCACAGUACGUGCCCACUGCGCAAUUGGUCGAAGUGGGCGGUGGGAUGCAGAACGGUGCCUACGAUGUGGUGGAUGGGCCACAGAGUUGUUGUAAGAUUCAAGGUGGGAAGGUUGCGGCGGAGGCGGUGGGUAAUUCGUCAGUGCUUAGAGGUAAGAACAAUAACGAAUUGCGAAUGGGCGACAGAGAAACAGAGAAAAUCGGUUCACAUUUCGAAGAUUGGGCAUAUGUAUAUAGAAAUCUUGAAAGCCAAGGCUAUACUAAAGACUUGGGCGAAAGAGGAGACAUACUAACUACUAGCCUACCGAAAAUUCCGAAAGACUGUAGAAAAACAAAAUCAACAAACUCAGACGAGGUCCUAAAUAAUCUGACGAUCAGUGAUAGGCCUUUAAUAAUGAGCGAGGCUCUCAGAAGGUCAGAGAUAGAGAAGACCAAGCCUAUCGAAGUGAAGAAAGUAGACAGACAGACUUCGCCCGAUAGUAGUUACGACAACGUACCUGCGACCGAAUCCAAGAAACAUAUAAACAAACUAAACAGUACUUUCAAUAACCAACUGAUUGAAGGUACUAUACAGACACCCCAGCCUCAGGUUAAUACAGCAAACUAUGCAAAGACAAAAUCCUUGCCUAGAGAGAAAACAUCAAACCACUUAGAGAAGGCCAAUCACAAUAGUUUCGAUCUGAAGAAGGUUAUUGACUUUGCCUCGCAGAAGAAGACGGAUCCGAAUCCUGUGGAAUCUCCUUCGAGUGCUGGAAAGUGGCAAUGUAAGGCAUGUACGUUUCUGAAUAAUCCUCAGUUGCCUAUUUGUGAAAUGUGCAGCAAGAGCAGGGAUUCGGCAUUGGAGCAGCCAAUGGAGAUAGGAGGGUCAGAAUGUUCAAAAUGCACCUUGGUCAACUCCAAGUUUGCUAAGGUUUGUGAGGCGUGCGGGGCUAGUUUAGCGAAUUCGCCUACUUAUAUCUAAGUUGAGGAUCAUUUGUUUUUACAGUUCCAGCAUAAAGUCGACUUCAAACCCACUAUUUAUUAUUUCAUUGAACACGUUACUUGAAAUUUCGUUUUCAAAAAUAUUUUUUUUUUUAAUUUGCACGCAAGAUCACAAUUCUAAGCUAUUUGUUGUUGUCAAUUCUUAGUAUAAAAUACUAAAACCCAUCCUGUCAUCCCGGGCUACUCUGCCCAAUUACUGAAACAUCAUACAUAAUGUUUGACUGGUCGCUAAAUGAAACUACAUAUCAUCAGCUUAACUUGCAAAAUGGCUAACUUCCAUUUGCCAACCUUUAUCAUGAAACAAAAAAAAAAACGAUUUAAAUAUAUUAUUACUACUUGUUGCUAUUAACUGUGAUUUUAUGACGAAGUUCUCGAUGAAAGUGAUUGGAUUUAUUACUUUUGGGCAGGUAUUCCAUAUGAUAUUACCUGUUUUUCCAAAAAAAUUGAGUGUCUUUUUUCUCUCGUAAGAAUUAUGGAGUUGCGCAGUUUGUCUAAGGAAUUAGAAAUGGGAGUAACUUAGUAUAGUUGUUGAAAAAUACUUUGUUUAUUGGUAAAGGAUGUUGAAAUAAAUCAAACUAUUAUUAUUAUGUCAACUUUUCUUCUAUGCAUGAGGAAGCUUGUCAUACAAAUCAUGGUAAUUAUGUUCCAUACUUUGCUUAAGUUGCUGUAGGUGCUCAUAUUUUUCUGCCUUCAUCUCAAGUCUAGUUUUGUGUAGCUGGGGUAGUUCACUGCAAUUGAGUGCCUCAGAAUGAUAAUUCGGUAAAAACCAAAAAGGUAAUUUUACAGGAGAUGAAAAUAACAUGUUUAAUAAAACUAGUUGUACUUUUACCUGCAAAUUAUUAUUUAAAUGCUUAUUGAAAGUGUUUUGAAACGUUUUUUGAGCUCAUAUUUUUGUUUAAUAUUACUUAUAUUAGAAAAAAAUAAUAAAUAAAAGACGGAUAUACCUAGUUGUCAUUCUGUAUUUACAAAAUAUCAAAUUAGAUUAACAAUAACUUUUUUUAUUCAUCACUACUCUCGGAUCAGUCGGUUUCACUUUCCUCCUGCUGUUGCUCUGAUGUUUCCAGUUAUAAAAUCCAUGAUAUAUUGCAGGAAUGGAAUCUUGAAGUUCCUUUAAGUUUUGAAGUUUUUUUGGGUUAACCUGAAGGGUUGUAGUGUAGAGUUGAGCUACAUUCAAUUCCUUUAAAGCAAGUAAAUCUGCGUUAGAUUUAAAUGCAAUGAAAGUUUUCUUCUUUCUUUCAAUAUUGUGGCAUACAGAAACGGUGAUUUUUUUAUCCUCAUAUUUAAAACUUUUGUAUUUUGAGACGGUAAAGUUUUUUAUGCUUUUUUUAAAAAAGAUUGGAAAUAUGAACGAAAGUCCCCUAUCAUCCUUAGCAGUACAUUGACAACAGUAAAAGCUUUAGAGGUUCUUGCAACUUUGGAAUACCAUUCUUCCGGCAAGUAAAGGUAUGUGACUUUGCGUUUUUCCUUUUCAAUGAGAGCAAAUUUGCGAUCGCAUGGUAGAAACGAAUGACCUCUUUCAGGAAAUCGAUGGUAGAUCAUUUUAAAUCUUCCAAUGGCGACCAACGAAGAUAACAUCUGAACAACAACCAUGUUUUUAUUUUACCCAACACAGUUAUCAGUGAAUAAGUACAAGGUCUCAACUGAAGGAUCAACAGCAUUGUCUACAUAAUGUUUCAAAAAAGAUACUGUCUCAUUUGCACCUUUUUUUCCUUCGACUUCAUUAUACAUGUACAUAUAAGAAUGGCCCGUUUUUGCCGAGUAAAAACACUGGUUAUAAACCCAAAGCUGCCUUUUAUAAAAAAUGUCACCUAUUGGAAGUACAGGUACUGGCAAAUUUUGUUGAUAGUCAAAGCUAAUAACAUCCAUUUUUUCGUCCGUUUUAGCUUGUUCACUGAACCGCUUAAGGUGGUCGUAAAAUUUCUGCGCUUUGGCUUGAUGUAGAGAGUGUUUUUGAUUCAACCGAGAUUUUUCUUCUGGAUUUUCCGCCGCAUCUAUUUGAUUCUUGAAUCGGUCACAUGCAUUGCAGACGUCCGUUUUAGGUUUUCCAAAUGAAAGAUUAAAUUUGGUGUUAAAUAUGUGUAGAUAAAAAUCAUAGUUGAUUUUAAAUUUUGUUUUGUUAUCAGCCUUUCACUGUUGAUAUUUCUCCGGUUCGUACUUUUCCACGUACAGCUGAUGCAUUUUCAUCACACUUAAGUCGGGCGAAAGAAACUUUCUUUGACUGCUAUUUCUGGUGUAGUGCGAGAUGCGAAUAGGAAAUGAAUUUAUAUGUGAUUCAAUUUGUCGGAUUAGAGCUUCUGGUUUUUUAAGUACCCUGGAUCGUUCCCCCCUUUUGUCGGUCGGAGGAGCCGAGUUACUUUUUUUAGCUUGCCCAAUUUGAUCAAUCCUACCAAACUUUAUACCAUAAAGCCCCGCUAAAGCUUUUUUGCAAACCAUUAGUUCUCGUCCAGCUGCCAAUAUGAUCUACAAUACAAAAUAUUGUUAAAUACCUACUAUCAGUCAAUAAGUAUUUGCAUAACAACUAACCUUAUAAUGAAAGGAUGAGUUUCGUUUUGAUGUUUGAAUUAACUCAGCAUCAGUUAAAAUAUCUUCAAUCGGAUGGCCCUUUCCAUAAAGUCGCUUUUUCAUAUCUGGUCGCCUUCUAAAUAAAUAAAAGAAAAUUAAAAAAUUACCUAUUUGUUUCUUUUGUUACUUAUAUUCACGUACCUUGCAACAGGCCUCACUGUUAUUAAUCCAAAAAGAUAGGAAUCUUGCACAUUUUUAUCAGCCAAGUUGUUAAAUUUAUCAAGAAUGUUUGCUUUUUCUUCGACUGAGAUUUUACUUGUACAUCUAUUUUUGCAGUCACAUUCAUAACCCCGCCUUGCAGGCAUAUUUUUUCCGGAUUUAGAUGUGUACGCUAGUCCUUUAUUGAGGUUAGAUUUCCUUUGAACACUUUUCCAGAGAUGUUUAUUCUUUUUUCUUUUUCUUGUUUUAUUCUCCUCAACUUCAUUAUUACUAUUAGCACUAUCACUAUAAUCUGGGUCUAAAUCAUCCCUAAUUACCUCGGUAUCACUGUCACUAGACAUCAUGAAAAUGCUAGCAAAUAAUAGUCAACUAGUGAAAAACAACAACGCAGUAACAAACACUCUAGAGACUUCACUUAGAAUGAAAACUGGGUAAAAACCGAGUUUUCAUUCUCAAUGACAAAAAUGGAUAUAUAUUUGCGCCAUCUACUGGUAAAACUACUAAGCGGAUAUGUUCAAUUCUCACUCUAAUACGUGUAUUAGGUCUACAUGAUUCGAAUCGCGCAAAAACCAGAUUUUCGUAAAAAGUGGUUUUUACCGACUUAUCAUUCUGGGGUAUUCAAUUAACUGGCACAAUGUCAUUUGCGUCAAGGCGUAUAGGCAGAGCUUGGCAACCUCCAGUGUGGCGAAGUUUGAAGGAGAUACCAUCUUUUGAGUACUUUAUUGCUUUUAAAUUAUUCACUGUAGGAGUGCCUGAAAUCUUUCCAGGUCUUAUAGUUUUGACAAACUUUAUUUUAUCGUAUUGCUUGGCAAAGCUAUGCAUUAGGUAUUCCACGUGACAUGGUGUUUUCUGGCAAGCAGUUUUUACAGAUAUAUGCAUAGUCUGCAAGAAUGUUAAUUUUUCUAUUCCGGAUUUUGCUUUCUAUUACUGUCAACUUAGAUUUGAGUGUGGGCUUUUUGUAAAUACUUUUGUACCACAGUUGCUCCAGUUUGAAGAGAAAAAUUUAAUAAGCUGUUGGAUAAAGUCGUAUUUCUGUUUUGAUAAUUGCAGCCGUCACUUCAUAGUAAUUUCAAUGUCACUUGAGUCCCUGCAGGAUGAAACAAGUGUCUCAAUAUGACCCUUUAAGAAAUGAAUAAUAAUGUUGGUAAACUCAUUACUACUUGCUAGUCCUCCAUCAGACUCAUUCCAUAGAUAACACAGUACCCUUUUUGUUCUUUAAUAUCGUAAAUUGUAAAGUUGUGGACAGUUAAGUUUGUUUUAUAAUACAGAAAAGAGACGUUUGAUUUCGGUGAGAGUAAAACUGAUUGGCGGUCCAUGGUAAACACGACACUGUCCGAUUCUUUGACUUUCUGUUUUUUCAUCUCUCGCCUUAUUUUUGAGUUUAAUAUGGUCAUUGUAUACGUUUUUCGCCAAAUUUCUCGUUUCAAAUGCCACACACGUAUCUCAGAGGUCCUUUUUUGGUCUAUACAAUGAAAGUAGAGCUUUUUCGUAUUCUUUGUGGAUGGUCACUAUAGAUACUGGUUUGAUGACACUAUCUUUGCAGAAGUCGCUUCUGUAGAAUUUAUAUAACUGGCUCUUGGUUGUCCAAAUUGGCUCCAAAUACAAUUUAGAAGUAGUAGCUCUACAACGAUGCGACUCCAUCUUUGGUAGUGAGUCGAAAAAGCCAUGAAGAUGUUCUAAAGUUUUACUUGGUCCUGGUUUUUGUUGGCCUGUACCCACAGUUUCUUCCAAUCCUCCUUUAGCGCAACUCUUCAUUACCCAUUCUUUGGUACCGAGCGUAUUUAGGAACAUAGUUUUCAUCCCAUGUAUAUUGCCAAAACUCUUGGAAGAUUUUUUCCUUGCAUCUUCACUUAGGGUUCGACAUUGUAAGACUGAUUUACUAUUUUGACUUGUACUUACAUCUUUCUUUCAAAGACCUUGAUUGUUUCAGCAAAUUGUAUCGCCAUUUCCCAUUUUCCUUUUUUCCUGUAUAUGGUCUACCUUUCUCUCUGUCUUUUAAGGAGCGUUCUUAUUUGAGGUGUCGCUUAUUUGACUAUUUUGUGAGGUUAAAAAAUGUCCUGAGCAUUCAUCCUGUUGAUAAUUGUCUUUUGGAGAUAUGUUUAUUUUUCCAUUGAGCAAACUUAUCUCUUGGUAUUCAACUUGACCGUUCUUUUCUUGAGAAACCUUCAAACAAGAGCUUCCGUCAAGAAUUCCAUUGCACUCCUCGAUUUCUAUUCCUAAGUCAUUUGUAGAAUCGGAUAUUGAAUAUUCCUAAGUAGAGAUAGAUACACACUAAAACAGAAAUGAGCUUCUAGACUUAUCAUACCAUCAGUGCUGCUAUUCAAUGGGUUCACAGGAAAUACAUGCUCAUUGGUAACCUUAACCUUGCCAGAAUUGGUUUGGGAUUCACUAGACGGUGUCUCAUUGAAGACACUACUGAUAUUUUCAUCUGUUAUUACUGAAAAUUAGUGACGUGAAUGUAAAAAAGGUUAAGGUAUAAGCUACUAGGCAGUUGCUGAAACAAACGUUUCCCCAACUGUCCCAUCAAAUGUCUGUGAAACAAUUUUCAAAAUAAGCGAAGAGUUUUAAAUAAGUAUAGUUUUGUGAUAGACUUGAAUACAAAGUUGAAUUAUGAAUUUAUUCUGCUCAAAACAACUUAAUUUUCUGACAGACAAUGAAGAAUAGAAGACAAACUUCAUGUUCGCUACGUCAGUAAUAUAGAAAAUAACAUGAAUGACUGAAGGCAAAACUUUGUAUUAUGUUUUGACAUAUACCGUGUAUGAAUUUAGCUGGGUAAAUCUGAAUUUGAGGAGUGCCGCUUUGGUUAGUUAUUCCAAUCUAGUUACCUUCAUUUUCCAGAAACACUAGUUCUGCAUUUUCAAGUGCUUCAGCCAUAUUGAAUUUAUUUUCAUCGCUCUUAUUAGACCUCGAUAGUUGCGUUGAUGUUAAAUCUUCAACUAUGUCUACUCUAAUAUUGCUAAUAAUAUCCGUACUUUUCAAGGCUUCAAAUAUUUUAUCUAUACGCCGUGACAUCUUCUGUUAAGAGAAUUGCAGAUUCGAUCAGUAAUGAUGGCUUCAACUUUUUGCUAUCAACUGUAUAAACUCGUAAUAAUAAGUCGAAAAUGUGUAUACUAGACGCUUCUUCAAUCGUGCAUACAUCGAUAAGCUGUAAUAAAAUGUGAUAGUUUCCAUGGAAGAACCCGAGUCUAACAAAAUGCGUAUGCCCUACACAAAUCUUGUCUCAGACAAAAAUAUAGCGCAAGAAAACUGCGUAACAUUUGUACCUUUGAAAACUUGUUUUGUAAUAAUAUACCGAUAUAAACUGUUCAAUUAAAAUAUUACGUUUAUCACAUAAGCUAACUACUUACCUAGUUUAACCACUUUUAUUCAAUAAACAUUAAAAUAACCGAAAACCGUUUGAUCAACCGACAGAGCACGUGUUACCCUUAUAACCACAAUGGACCUAAUGAUCAGCGUUUUGCUUGGCGAAUCAGUCGGAAACAGACUUGGGCGAUUUUUUGUGAAUCGAAUAUCCAUAGAACGGAUGAAACAGUGGAGAUAAGAAGAUUCCUUCAAAUGCUCCUUAUUUAUUUACGUCGAACGGUAUCAAUAUCGCAUUUCCGCCAAAAUUGACUCAAAAAUUCUGGUAAAUCCCAUAGUUUUUACAAAAAUCCACCAAAAAUAAUUAUUUGGAGUUUAAUAUCUACCACGUCAUUUCAGGGCCGAGCCGCAUAAUACGAUAUGAAAUUUGUUAUCAAAUUGUGAUGCAACUGGUACUUUGACAAACGUAAGAGAGGUUAUGGUAACCGCCAGCGGAGGGUAUCUUACCUACUAUUUUCCUCGCCGGAACUAACUCGGUAUACCGACACUUCUCAUAUGUGAAUAUUUGUAGGUUAAGCCUGUCAACAAAUCGUUCAUUUUGCCAGGUUGACAGUUGCAUG